UGACUUCCGAAUGUGGAACAGCGCUCCGGCCGAUGAUUGGCUAGUAGAUUUUUAACUAUUCAUGAGGAGGCGGGACUAGCUGGGCUGUCUUUGUUAACCAGAGAGGGCGCGGCCGCCUUGAUUUUCGCUGCGGACUUCAAGGGGUCGAGAUGUCCUACAUUCCGGGCCAGCCGGUCACCGCCGUGGUGCAAAGAGUUGAAAUUCAUAAGCUGCGUCAAGGUGAAAACUUAAUCCUGGGCUUCAGCAUUGGAGGUGGAAUUGACCAGGAUCCCUCCCAGAAUCCGUUCUCGGAAGAUAAGACGGACAAGGGCAUUUACGUCACACGGGUGUCUGAAGGAGGCCCUGCUGAAAUUGCUGGGCUGCAGAUCGGUGACAAGAUCAUGCAGGUGAAUGGAUGGGACAUGACCAUGGUCACCCACGACCAGGCCCGGAAGCGGCUCACCAAGCGCUCAGAGGAGGUGGUGCGCCUGCUGGUGACGCGGCAGUCGCUGCAGAAGGCCGUGCAGCAGUCGAUGCUGUCCUAGCAGCCUGCCACGGUCCCCGACUUGUGCCUGCCCACCUCUGUACAGUGACACCACUUCUACCCCAUUGGCCCCUUGUGCUGGCUUCUGCUGAGUGCUAGGCCUCAGCUCAGGAGGUCGAGAGCUGGUCCCAAAGGCAUUUCCUUGAGGCUGAUGCAGCCUCUCCCUCCCCUCUCCCACCUUGGCCUGAGACUCUGGGACCGGUUUCCUCCCUUGGACACUGAGGACCAGAAACGGGCCUGGAGCUGAGUUGUAGCCAGUGGGCAGGUUCAGCCCCCAGGCCCUGCUGCCUGGCCAUGGCAGUGCCUUGGCAAAUGGGGAGACACCACUUCCUGAGAGCUGCCAAAAUGCUGGAAAAUGACAGGCGAGGCCAGGCCUCUCCCCACUCUUUGCCCUGGCCGCAGGCUCGGUCCUGCCCGGUGUCUAAACUCUGCAGUGCCUGUGCCCCGUGCUCUUCCCCGCACUGCCCAGUGGGGAACGUGCUACACACACUACCAGAGGCAUUGUGGAGGUUCACCCGCGGCAGCCGGGCAGGCUCACGGUUCACCCCAUCGCACCCACUCCCCCGACGGCGCUGGCCUCCCCAGGGUUCACCUGCUUACAGGAUCUAGAUGAAAUUCCAAGCUGACAUUUCAGGGCAGUUCUCAGGAUUGCCAGUUUCUCUAUGCCUGUGGGUUUAACUUUAGUAUUUUUUUAAUCACAACUUCGAUACAAAGCAUUUUUAUCUUACUAUUUGGAGAUGCCAACUCUACUUUUGAAUUUAGCUCUUACUAAUUCACAUCUGGGGCAACAACCACUCCUGGCAAGUUAACAAGCCUUUACUGUUGUGACUGGAAAUGGGCAGAGAGAUGCCGCCCACACCUGAUAAUAAACAACGCUGGGAUUCACAGGGGUCUCUGCUGGAGCAUGGGCUAGGGGACUCGGGGGUGGGCUGCGGGCAAGAGCGCUGGUUUUAAGGGUGGCUGCCCUGGCCCCUGCAGCUCUGGCUGAAGCCCAGCUACCUGCCUGCCUGGCAAGUCUCGUGGAGCCUUGGCACCAGUGGCAACAUGCUGUACUUGGCAAGGACC